AUCACUAUUGAAUAGUUCCUGCUCUCCACGACUAUCCCUUAACUCCUAAACUCCCUUCUCUAACCCAGCAUGCCUGCAACCACCGCAGACACCCUGUCCAUGGUGACACGUACUGUCUCCGUCGCCCCAUUAGUCCUCCUCUCAGUCGCAGACCACUACGGACGUUCAGCAAAGGGAACGAGAAGACGGGUAGUCGGAGUUCUUCUGGGCCAAAAUGAUGGAAGGAAUGUCAGAGUCUCGAACAGCUUUGCUGUGCCCUUCGAGGAAGACGACAAGGACCCUUCUGUCUGGUUUUUAGAUCACAAUUUCGUCGAGUCCAUGAAUGAUAUGUUUAAGAAGAUUAAUGCUCGUGAGAAGCUUAUCGGAUGGUAUCACUCUGGUCCCAAGCUCAGAGCGGCAGAUCUUGAGAUCAACGAGCUUUUCAAACGAUACACACCAAAUCCUUUGCUAGUUAUCAUUGACGUGCAACCAAAGGAGGUUGGAGUCCCCACAGAUGCCUACUUUGCUGUUGAGGAGAUUAAAGAUGACGGAACAACCACUGCCAAAACUUUUGUCCACACCCCUUCCAUAAUCGAAGCUGAAGAAGCGGAAGAGAUCGGUGUUGAACAUCUCCUCCGGGACAUAAGAGAUGUUGCCGUUGGCACCCUGUCCACCCGCAUCACAUCUCAACUACAGUCAUUACAAGGCCUCCACCUCCGGCUCAGAGAUAUCGGCCAAUAUUUACAAAAGGUGCUAGAUGGCGACCUACCUGUCAACCAUGCCAUUCUCGGAAACCUUCAGGACGUCUUCAAUCUUCUCCCCAACCUUUCCACCCCCAAGACAAACAACUCACAAGUAAACGGAAUGGAACCAUCACAGAUAGAAAACACAGAACUUGCACGUGCCAUGAGCAUCAAGACCAACGACCAGCUUAUGGCUAUUUAUCUUAGUAGUCUGAUUAGAGCCAUCACUGCUUUCCACGACCUUAUCGAGAACAAGAUCCAAAACCGCCAACAGCAGGAAGAACAAGAAGCAAAGAAGGAAGAUGAGAAAAAUGGCACCACAGCGAAUGGCAAUGGCAAUAAUAACAAUAAUUCCCAAAAUUUCAAGGCUCCGGCCAACAACAACGAUUCCAAGCAAGAGCAAGAGGACACGAAGGAGAAGGGGAAGAAGGGAUGAUUUUGAUUUUGCUUUCUUCCGUUCUCUCGCUGCUCGAUCCUUCUCUAUUUUCCUUGAAACCUAUCCCGCCCUACUUUGUGUCCCCUACUCCCUUUCACGCUUUCUACCUUAUGGUUGGUUAGCUUAGCUCUUUCCCACCCAUUUAUCGUUGACGACUCUGUCAAGCAGCAUUAUGUCGAAUUUCAUGUAAAAUCAACCGCCAUGAAACAAAUUAGAGUUCGUACUC